ACCCCACUCGACCUGCUCGCCCGUCUCCAGCGGCACCUCGCAGCUUUCCCCGCCGUCUUCACCACAGCGUGCCCUUCCCCCGGGUCCCCCUGGACACCCGUGGCGCUCCGCAACAGCUUCCUUGUCGCAAGCUCUUCUUUUGCCGGACGCCGUUCUUUCGUCCCGCUGGCUUCAGUUCUCGCGCCAUUUUCCCUUUCCUCCUCUUAAGUGUUCAACUGCUCCCGAAUCCAGCCUCUCAUGGUCCUGCCCCAUCCUACCUCUGACACCAAUGUGCGACGCAGCGCCACUCCUUGUUCACACGUGCGCCCAAUCAUCGGCUGAGCGCGCGCUCCUCGCCUACAAAGAGGGCGGACUGCGCUCAUGAGGCAGCGCGCACGAUGGAUGAGGAAGGAGCGCUCGAGACGUACUUUGACCAGUCCAUUGUCGCUGGUUCUGCUGAUUAUAUGGGUUUUGAGGGAGCUCUUGGCCUACAGGCUGCCACCCACCUCCCAAACGCCUCCUUCCUGUCCACAGUGAGCAGCCAUGGCAGGGACCCAUCUGAUGAGCUGGACCUCAGCUUUUUGCCUGAUGACCUCGGUGCUCAAGAUGGGCCACCCCCAGGCAUCAAUGAGUCACAGGACAGUGGAAUUAAUGUAGACUGUCUACCAGGAGUGGAGGACAGUAGUGAUGCUGACAAAGCCCCUACAGGAGCUUCCCCAUUUUGCCCCCGUCCCAUGACACCCAUGACCCCCAUAACCCCCAUGACCCCUGUAUCAGAAAGUUCAGGAAUUGUUCCCCAAUUGCAGAACAUUGUUUCCACAGUGAAUCUGGCUUGUCCUCUGGACCUGAAAUCCAUAGCACUACAUGCUCGCAAUGCUGAGUAUAACCCGAAGCGCUUUGCUGCUGUCAUCAUGAGAAUCCGAGAGCCCAGGACCACUGCAUUAAUCUUCAGCUCAGGAAAGAUGGUUUGCACUGGUGCCAAGAGUGAGGAGCAAUCUCGUCUGGCUGCUCGCAAGUAUGCCCGGGUGGUGCAGAAGCUGGGCUUUCCUGCAAAGUUCCUGGACUUCAAGAUUCAGAACAUGGUUGGGAGUUGUGACGUUUGCUUCCCGAUUCGCCUGGAGGGUUUAGUCCUCACCCACCAGCAGUUCAGCAGCUACGAGCCAGAGCUCUUUCCUGGCCUCAUCUACCGCAUGGUGAAGCCACGCAUUGUUCUUCUCAUCUUUGUGUCCGGAAAGGUGGUGUUGACAGGUGCCAAAGAGCGCUCUGAGAUAUACGAAGCUUUUGAGAACAUCUACCCGAUUCUGAAAGGAUUUCGGAAGGAGUGACUUGUCGCCUGUCUCGCGCAGGGAACAUGUGACACUGACUGUAUAAACGCUGUGGUGAAAACUAUGCAUGAUCAGACACGGGGGGUUCAUAUAAAACAUGAACAAUAAACGUUUUAACCUGC